UCCAGUGACACGUACAUAAUGACAGACAAUAUAGAUGAGGAAUUUUUAAUUGCACUGGUACAAAGUAGACCAAUGUUGUGGGACAAAACUUUGGAUGUGUAUAAAGACAGAAAUGCGACAAGAAAUGCAUGGCGUGAAGUUUUAGUGGAGGUUAACUCUGAUUUUGAAAACUUAGAGGACCAGGAGAAAACUAAGUUUGAACCUACUCCUUCACAAUCAACGGCAAGUUUCAAAUUUGAGAAUAAAUAUAUCGAUGCUUCUUCUGUUACUAACACCCGCCACAAAAGACGAAUAUUUUUCAUACCGUUCGCCAAACCGUUAAAAGGGAAUGGUACAGACAAUGCAACCAGCGCAUGCAAAGCCGACGAUGGUGAUGAUUUUCCAUAUUUCAUGUCGGAAAAAACUGUUCUACAUGGUGGUGUAGUAGUGGUUAUUUUAAUUGGCAUCUAUGGAUUUUCUCUGUUAGCUGUGGUGUGCAAUAACUAUUUCUUACCCUGUGUAGAAACCAUUUGUGAGAGGCUAAACCUUACGCCAGAUGUGGCUGCAGCCACAUUUAUGUCUAUAGCUACCUCUACUCCCGAAUUUUUUACGAAUGUAAUAGGUACAUUUGUAACGGAAUCUGAUUUGGGUAUUGGUACCAUUGUCGGUUCUUCCUUAUUCAACGCUCUUGGAGUGCCAGCCAUUGGAGGAUUAUGUAGCCCAUUCCCUCUCAAAUUAGAUUGGUUUCCUUUAACCAGAGACUGCAUUAUCUACCUUAUCUCAGUAACAGUUUUAAUUGUUAUCACAUGGGACGGAAAAAUCUUCUGGUACGAAACACUAAUACCUCUUACAGUUUACAUAACCUACUUCGUUAUCAUGUUCAAUAAUAAACGUAUAGCUAAAUUCGUCAAGAGCAAAAUCCGACGGAAUACAGUUAAGAUUAAUUCAGAGAUACCGCCGGCCACAGAAAGCGCUAACGGCGAUAUAAGAAAACUUAGUGAGAUUUCUGAAAAGAAGUUAAGUAGUAAGAAACACAGUGUUGAUGAACAUGACGCUCCAAAGCACUCAAUUAUGUCAGCGUAUGGUACGUAUAUGGAGGGUGUCGAUAAUCCUGCGUUUGAAACGGAGCAUCAGAAAGUCCUUGAAGCAAUUCAGGAGGAAGCGAAGAAAGAGGCCAAGAAAUCUAUAUUCAGGAUACCAACAGGAAACGCUUUUAAACAGGCUUUGUUCUACUAUACUUGGCCAAUCAAACUCAUCCUCCAAUAUACAGUUCCCAACCCCCAAACUCAUCCUAACUUGUAUCCUGUUACAUUUAUCAUGUGUAUCGUAUGGAUAGGAGUCAACUCCUAUGUUGUAUCGUGGAUGAUUAGUAUUAUAGGGACAAUUACUAAAUUACCUGAUGCACUUUUGGGCAUGACUUUGAUGGCAAUUGGUGGAUGUUUACCAGAAACAGUAUCAAUGACGAUUAUUGCUCGAAGAGGAGAAGGAGCCUUUGGAGUAUCUAACUCACUUGGAGCGAACACAAUGAACGUUCUGUACUCACUCGGUCUUCCGUGGUUAUUGAAGAGCAUAACAAUGGGCCUAACAACUAAACAUCCUGUAUUGAUCCAAUCUGGUUCCAUAGAAUAUACCAUAAUGUCUCUAAUUUUUGCUGUUUGCACUUUGUAUAUAGUACUCUUAGUUAGUAAGUUUAGGUUAUCAAAACUUUCAGGCAGCAUUUUGGGAGUGUUCUAUGUGAGUCUUGUAGUGCUGGCUAUAGUAUCUCAAACGGUACUAUUUAAGCAGCAAUGCUGAUAAAGGUUUUGUAAUAAUAAGAUAAACUCAAACUGAUGUGUAGUACAAAAAUUAUUUUUGUAAGAAAACAGUGUCAAGAAUGUUGGUUUUAUAAUAUUUUAUAGAGCUAAAUGUGACGGCUUAAGAAUAGAAGUUAUAGUCUGACCAACUAUCUAAGAGAUGUAUUAUUAAUAUUUAUGAGAGAUUUUUAUUAUCGUGUAAAACACAUUAUUUAUGGACAAUUGGCACUUUCAUCUUCUCCUCUACAUGUCCUUUACGGUUUGCAUUCAUCAUAGCGAUUCGACUCUUCGAUGCCGCUCCUCUGAGCAGUUCUGUAUAACUGCAGUUAAAAUAGGUUCCUACAUUGUUCUUUCUAAUGUGAUAGUCUUGAGUAGUCUUUUUUGGACAUAGAAGAACUAUGUCCUUCCAGCCUAUUUUAAGCAUUCUUCUAUAAGCCCGCAUUUCAAUAGCCUCCUAUGUAUCGAUGAUCUGUUUCUUUAAUGUCCUUGCUUCCACUCUCUACAGUGGCUCAGAGAACACGUAACACCUCAAAAGUCUGUUCAUUGUAUCGACAACUCGGUUCCACAACUCGAUUUACUGGGAUCUGUAGAUAUUAGAGGCAUUCCGCUAUCAGUACCAUACCACCAGCGUUUUCAGUUCACCAGAUAUACAGUGUUUAAUUUAUACCGUGUGUUUUCUCUUAAAUUAGAUAUAGGAGUACACCCAAUACAUGCCAACACUGCUUCCCCGCUUCCCACACCCGAGUCGCGCGGAUUUAUUCAGUCAUUCUCGUCAUUUUACAGUGGCAAUGCAAGUGAUUAUCAUAAGCAAUGUUGCCGAUUUUAGCGCUUGCUUCACUGGUUUAUAUCUAAUCUAAUGGUAAACAGUCUAUUUCGAUCUGCAAUAUUAUCAGUUAAUCGGAAUGUUCAAAAGACUGGCCGAUGUUAAAAAUAUUACAAUAAAAUAACAAAGAAAUUGUUCUUUGACCGCUACUUUUUUACUGUAAUUUCUAAAUUAUGUUUUAAAAUAUAUUUGUUCCCGAUA